AUUUCUAUUUCUCCUCCAUCGUGGUGGGUCUUUGAAGCACUGUUACUCGAAGUUUUCUGUUGACAACUGACCAUUCAGUGUCUGUUAUCUUCUAUGGUAAAGUUUUCCAACUUGUCAAGGACUUUCCCAUCGUACUACCAUCCGUCCUACCAGCGGACCACUAUUAGUAAUUCACUAGCACGAGACGGCCAAGGUUGGCCUGAUAUAAAUACCACGGAAUGUCGAGAAUGUCGAGUGACGUAGCUCGAGGUUAUCAGAAGUACUGGUCAUGAGUCUACUUACCAUUGUCGUGCAAGGCUGGAUCCCUAAUUCUCAGCUUCGGACCGUCGUGGGCGUAGUUGAUAGUGUAUAAUCUGUUCGGCUCAGGUCAUUCCUGGGUCAUGGGACGUCGAGGUCGAAGCUGAUUCGGCCCGACUAGAACGAUGCAUGCCUUCAAUAUAAGAGACGUGGUGAUAUGCGACUCUAUCAACAUCCACCUUCAUUCAACCUCAGUCAUGUCUGGAGUAGAGAUUCAUUCCGUCCCGCGUCCUACUGGGGCGCCCACCCCGGCAAAACUUAACAAGAUAUCUUGUCAGUUGACACAAGACAAGUCUCGGGGAGGUGCCCAGGCUAUGUUAUAUGCCGUCGGUCUGACAGAGGGAGACAUGGAAAAGCCUCAAAUCGGUAUUUCACCCAUCUGGUGGGAAGGUAAUCCAUGCAACUCUCAUCUCCUCGAUUUGUCCAAAAAAGUCAAGGAGGGUUGCACGGAGGAAGGUUUAGUUGGCUUGACCUUCAAUACCAUUGGUGUUAGUGAUGCUAUUACAAUGGGAACAGAUGGGAUGCGGUACUCACUCCCAAGUCGUGAUCUCAUCGCGGAUUCUAUUGAAGCUGUCACACUUGCGCAACAUUACGAUGGCAAUAUCUCGAUACCAGGUUGUGACAAGAACAUGCCCGGUGUCUUGAUGGCCGCCGCUAGACACAACAGGCCGACCAUUAUCGUGUACGGUGGUACGAUUCAGGUCGGAACGCGCCAUGUCGACUGCCCUUCCAUGGGAUACGAGAAAGGCGGGACUGUCAACAUCUCAGACGCCUUCGAGUCUUAUGGUGCCUAUGCUGUUGGCCUCAUCAAUGAUGAGGAGCGAUUCGAUGUCGUCAGACAUUCAUGUCCUGGCGCCGGUGCCUGUGGUGGUAUGUAUACGGCCAACACCAUGAGCUCUGCUCUUGAAGUCUUGGGCAUGUCACUUCCCUACUCCUCGAGCACACCAGCAAUGUACCCUGAGAAGGCACAAGAAUGCUUCAAAGUUGCCAAGUAUAUGAAACGUCUUCUGGAGCUUGAUUUGAAGCCCAGAGAUAUCCUCACCCGUCAAUCUUUCCUGAAUGCAAUCACUAUCGUCAACGUCCUUGGUGGCUCAACGAACGCUGUUCUUCACUUGCUGGCUAUAGCCCGUGCCGCCGAUGUUCCCUUAACCAUCGACGACUUCCAGAUGAUUUCAGACAGGACUCCGUACCUUGCCGAUUUGAAGCCAUCUGGAAAGUAUUAUAUGGAAGACAUUCACAAAAUUGGUGGCAUACCAGCAAUUAUCAAAUACCUUCUCAAGAACACCAAUCUCAUCGAUGGUAGCCAGAUGACUGUUACCGGAAAGACCCUCGCUGAAAACCUCGUGGAUGUUCCGGAGCUCGACUUUGAUACACAAGACGUCAUCAAGAAGCUGGACGAUCCCAUUAAACCCUCUGGUCAUUUGACUAUUCUCAAAGGUAGCUUGGCUCCUGGAACCGCUGUCGCCAAGCUUACAGGGAAGGAGGGUUUGCGCUUUGAGGGUGUCGCCAAAUGCUUUGAUAGUGUGCACGACUUUUAUCCUGCACUUGAGCGCGGAGACAUCAAGCAUGGAAUGGUCUUGAUAUUCAGAUACCAAGGACCGAAAGGCGGGCCAGGAAUGCCAGAGAUGCUGGGUCCCACCGCCGCUCUUAUGGGUGCUGGGCUGGGCAACUCGACUGCGCUGAUCACGGAUGGUCGUUUUUCUGGAGCAUCCAGAGGUUUCAUCAUUGGUCACGUCGUCCCUGAGGCAACCCUCGGUGGUCCAAUUGCUCUUGUGGAAGACGGCGAUCUCAUUGCCAUCGACGCAAAGAGUAGGACCAUCGACUGGCUAGUGGGCGAAGAAGAGAAAGUACGCCGAAGAAAAGUAUGGGAAGUCUCAGGCAAGAGUGCCCUCAGGGAGCGGAGAGGUAUCUUGUUCCGAUACGCCCGUGAUGUUGCUCCUGCUAAUGAAGGAGCCUACUGCGACUGAGAUGCCUUUUGUCACGGUAUAUGAGAGGGUAGCGAAACAAUUGAGCAACGUGAUCAAUAAACAUUACGCGUCAAGUCAAACAUGUGAAAUUAUUGUAAAUACAGAAGUCGAAUAUUCCACAUGAUUUUGGGCCUCUAUAUUGGUACAA